ACUCUCUCGCUCGCUCUCUCUCUUUGGUCUCCGAGUUGUUCUGUAUACCUAUAUAGUUACGUGUAGCUGAGCUGUCUACUGUCUCUGCGACGCGGAAAGAGACUCGAAUAAAGUCUGCUCGCGCUAUUGUUGUCGUCGUGGAGAAGUGGUCCAGCCGUGUGCUGUUAGCAUUCAUCGGUGUGUGAAGUGUUUCUAUGCGAGAGCUGGCUUUCGGAUAGAGUGGUGCACACAACGAUGCAGCCUACGAGACAGCGGCCUUAGCUAGUGCUUUAGUUUCGACGCUCCAGACUUCGGUUUGGAGAACGGAGUCAUCGCCGUCGCUGCUGGGGCGGUUCUCCGCUCGCUGGAGUUGCUGCUGGGACGACGGCGCCUCACGGAUGACGACGACGCGACGAUGGACGAGCCUGCUGCAGCCAAUACUUCGGAUCCUGGUGGUGGUGGGAGUAGUGGUGAUAAUGAAGACAAAGAUGUGUCAGCUUGCGCUGGCUGCCUCAAUGGCAUUGACGAGGAUGAAUUUAUUCAAGCUCUUGGCCAAGAAUGGCAUGUGGACUGUUUUCGAUGCUCUGCAUGCGAUGCAGCACUUUCAUCAUGGUACUUUGAAAAGGAUGGACUGCUAUUCUGCAAAGAUGACUACUGGGCAGCCUAUGGGGAGGCCUGCCAAGGCUGUGGACAUGUCAUUACUGGCCCUGUCAUGCUAGCUGGAGAUCACAAAUUUCAUCCAGAAUGCUUUGCUUGCAAUUCCUGUGGUACUUUCAUUGGAGAUGGCGAAAGCUAUGCUCUUGUGGAGAGAUCAAAGUUGUAUUGCGGUGUUUGCUACAAAAGACAAAUGCAACCCCUCAACAAAACUGCAAACUAUCCAUUUAUUCGAAAACCACACAGCAUAAGACUGGUAGAGAUCCCUCCAAGUACCAAUGGCCAGGAGAAACAGCGAGGAAUCAGACUGACGCUAGAUAGUACACCCAGUCCAAGAAGCUGUGGUGGUGCAUUAUUUCGUAUAUCUGAGUUAUUAAGAAAUGUUCGUGGAAAGAUCUGUAAGCUGGUGGCCUCUAUGACGGAGGUUCUCUUUAGGCUAUGCUGCCACUUCUCUAAUUAUAGACUCAACAUGUCCAGUGAUCUCAUGUCCCUACACAUCGGGGAUCGAAUACUUGAAGUCAACGGCACACCAGUCAAAGACCAACCCAUUGAAAGCAUUGAAAACCUUAUAAAAUAUUCGGACACGGUUCUCCAGUUGACGAUAGAACACGAUCCGGACGCGGUAUCUCGGCGGCCGACCUUCUCGACAGCCCACUCGUCGAUUAUAUCGCGAACGUCGAGCCCGAAAACGAGCCCCGAGAGCAAGGACAGAUUAUUCAAGCGACGUGACGAGGGCUACAAUAGCGGAACCAGAAGUAGACAGUUGAGAAGGACCAAGGACCCCAAACAGAAGGAGCGCAGCAGUUCGAUGUCCCGACUGCUUGACGGAGCAUCGCCAACGAAUCCAGCAUGUGACCUGAGUCGAACCAGAUCUUUUCGGGUCGAGCCAAAGAACCAGAGGAUAUUUCGGGCCAGUGACCUCGUCAAAGGCGAACUUUUGGGAAAGGGAUUUUUCGGACAGGUCUACAAGGUCACUCACAGAGACACUAACGAGGUGAUGGUGCUGAAAGAGCUAUACAGGGUUGACGAAGAGGCGCAAAAGAACUUUCUGAAAGAGGUCGCGGUACUGCGUUCGCUUCAUCAUAACAACGUUCUAAGAUUCAUCGGGGUGCUUUACAAGGAUAAGAAGCUGCAUCUUGUUACUGAGUUUAUAUCGGGAGGUACACUUCGAGCUCUGUUGCACGAUACCAGUGAAACUCUACCUUGGGAGCAGCGGACUUCCUUUGCUAAAGAUAUCGCUGCUGGUAUGGCCUAUCUUCAUUCUAUGAACAUCAUUCAUCGAGAUUUGAAUUCUCAUAAUUGCCUGGUGCGAGAGGACAAGACUGUGGUAGUUGCUGAUUUUGGACUGGCGAGAAUUAUACAAAACGGAAAUGCACCUGAUAAACAAAGUCCUGGCAAGUAUACCAGACGGUCGGAUGGCGAAGUGAGAACAUCUCGGAAGGAACGUAAGAAGCGCUAUACAGUAGUCGGCAACCCUUACUGGAUGGCACCUGAGAUGAUGAAGGGCAAUAAAUAUGACGAAAAGGUAGACAUCUUCAGCUUCGGCAUCGUCAUGUGUGAGAUAAUCGGUCGCGUACAGGCCGAUCCAGACUACUUGCCGCGCUCCUCGGAUUUUGGUCUCAAUAAAAAGGCUUUCAAGGACAAGUUCUGCGCUAAUUGUCCUGAAUGCUUCUAUACUAUAGCUUUUCUCUGUUGUGACUUGAAUCCUGAUAAGAGGCCGCCCUUUGAAGUCAUGGAAGUAUGGCUGGAGGGUCUGGCUAUGCAUCUGUCUGUUGAUGCCCCGCUGCCAUCAGAUCUGGAAGCAGAUAUCAAGAACUAUGCAGGGCCAAGUCCAAGUAGUAGCGAGUCUACUACGCCGGACGUGCUGAGUCCGCAGUUGAAAACUAUAACUGAAGGACAGGUACAUCGAGAAAAAAGACGAGCGAGUGGCUGUGACGACAGUACUCUCGAGUCAGACUUUUACAGAGAGAGCAGCGAAUGCAAGGAGAACGUUGAGGUGCCACCAAAGAACACAAAGCAAGCAGAAUCAUCUCCAGUAGAGAAGGAAAAGCGAUACUCCAGACAGAAUAGCAAAUCGAAAGAUUCCGGCGCUGAUACAACGAGCCACAAGUCGUCGAGGACGUAUUCAAGGCAAAGCAGUAAAAGUAGUACAUGCAGCGAGGAUGCAAGUACGACGGAGCGUAAACGUGGUGCCAAUUCAGUCCGAGGCAAUUUGCAAGUAGCAUUGGAUAAAUACGCCUUGGAAAAGUACCCAAGCGUCGAAAAGAUAAAAUACGUCGGGCAAGCCGACAGUCCCUGCAUAGUUCCUACCUCGCCCUCAAAUCUUAAUGGCAACGAAUCCAAGCGAUCCUCCUACAGAGUCAAUCGUUCACGCACGAAUAGCAAGAAAUCUCCAGAUGAUUCUCCCAUCACAGACGGCACGAGUACAAAUCCGAAAGCCGAUAACGGAAAAUUCAACAUCGUAGGCGUGUACUUACGUCAAUUUGGCAAGUCCAUUUUAUUAGAUAAAGAAAAUACAUCUACGGGAUCUCAAGGAAGUAAAAAUUCGUACAGUGUUAAUAACGAUACCGAACCUAAGAACAAAACGUCAAAUUCAUCAUCGACGACACCCCUUAGACGAACGAAGAUAUCACCGACGAAAGAAUCGCCUUGCAAGAGCGCCUUUACAAACGAUACGACGGAGACAAACAAAACGAUUACUGAAGAUUCUCCCAAAAGGAAACAAAAGUCGAAGGCGAAGGAACUGCAGCAACCUACAGUGUCGAGAAAAAAUAGCAAUAAGCGAAGGAACAGGAGACGAGGCAAAUCCGACCUUGGUUACGUCGAAAGCUUUUUUUUCGAUGACUCAAAUGAUUCAAAGGACGAGCCUCAGGAAAAAGACAAUAACAAAGAGGAUAUUAAAGAAGACGAGAACUCAAGGUAUAUUGAGAAUGAACUACUGCUCGAGGCCAGCUCGGAUUCUUUUUCGGAUCUUUAUGAUGAUUAUUACAAGAGUAAGGCAGUGGAGCGCCAGGACAGCUUCGGUUCGGACAGCGCUGUUGGCACGAUGAAGAGUGACUUUUUUGCCGAUAUUGAUCUCGCCAAAAUUAGGGACGGAUCCUCGGCGCUAUUGCAGGAGCUGUACCGUACAUCUGAUAAUUGUCCUGCAACCCCUAAUCGCGCCUCCUCGCCCUUUGAGAGCACGGCUCUUUAAAAGCGUAAUUGUAUGCGAUUUUUUUAUAAUUUCUAGGGGUUCAAGUCGGGACUGUUACUUAGGGUGGAUAGCUUUUCUUUCUAUAGUGUUUGGAUGUGUUUUGGAAAAUAUUGAGGGUGGUAGACGAUGGAGAAAUUCAUUUUCAAUGCAACUGUUCUUAUCUCUGUUGAAACAAAUCGGUUUAGAAUGAAUAAGCUUUAAGAUAUUGAAGGGUGAUAAAUUAAACUGCAUAAGAAUCUAUAUAAAAGUAUCAAAAUUCUAGAUAACGAGUAAUUUUUAGUUUCAUACUGCCUUAGUGAAAAUAUUAUAAAUCAAUAGCUUGUUCGUAACAUAGUCUACUUAUGCAGUUUUAUUUUUCGUUUUUCUGAUAACGAAUGCAAUAACAUAAUAAGACUGGAUGUAGAUUUGGAAUUGAAAGCUCACUUCGUUUGCGUAUACAAAAACAAAGGCUUUUAUAUAAGAUGAAUGAAAAAACUAUACUGAAUAGAAGUGGAAAAAUUCGGAUAAUCUUUUCUUUUUGCCAGAGAAUGUAACGUCUUAAAAGUGAUUUUGAAUGUACUGAUUUUAGGCUGCAAAAUGAAAAGAAAAAUUCACGAUGCAGUUGAAUUUUUUUCAAUGAUUCAUAUUGACACUUUGUAGUUGUUAAUGAAAGACUUGAAAAAAUCUGAUUAGUAUAGUAGUAGAAGUAAAAUAUUUGAAUUUCUAAAGGUUUGUCAAACACAUCUAUCCGCAACAAAAGUUUAAAAAAUCUACCGCGUGGUCUCAAAUGAAUUUUAUACAGGAAUUGAUUGCGUCAAAGCGAUUAAAAUGUUGUUUUAUAUAUUCAGAAUAUUAUGUGUGCUAUAAAAAAGUUAGUGAUAGAAUGGGCAGCUGUUUUCUUUUUAUAUCGUUAUUCAAUCAUGAAACGAUUGAUUGUUAUACUUAGCUAUGGAUUACUAUAUGAGUAAUAUUUGCUGCAAGCAAAAUUUUUAAAACAUUUUGUUUGCAUUGACGCUAAGAUUGUAUAAAUUUUACUCUCCUUUAGUUUGUAGCGAACGUACGUCUUGAUAACAUUUAUUAACGUAUCCAAACUAACAAUGAAGUCUCGAGUAUUUAUAAUCAUUUUUUAAAUGUUGCCUAGAGUUUAUCCGAAUCGAUUUUAUUAUUUCAUAUUCCUGAUAAAUAUUCGAAAUAGAAAAUCACAUUUUCGUCUUUGUUAUAUCACUGUUUCAUUUUUAUAUCAAAUUUUUUUACUGACAGACGUUCCUCGAAUGGGCACGUUUUUCUAAUCAGUAUUAUAGCGAAUCUCGCUUAUCGAAUAUAUUCAAAGUAUACACUUAAAGACAUUGCGAUUUUGUAUAAAAUUGCGUCGAACUAAAAAUGUUCGUGAAUGUAUCUCGAAAGCACUCGAUACAUUCCCCGCGCAGAUAUGAUUACAUUUUACUAGUAUUGGAUAUGAAAACUUCUUAUAUUAAAGGUUUAUAUCAACUUUUAUAUUUCAUCUUGCUUACUGAAGCAAGAAAAAAAAACUUAAUUUUAAAUCAAACUGGAAUUUUGAACUAAAUUUUAGUAUUAUUAAAAUAUUUAUUUUUUAUUUAGGACGUUUCAACAAAGAAAGUAAAAAAAGUAAUCAUGUCUGUUUUUUUUGUCGUAAAAUACGCUUUUAUUUGCGUAUAUUAAAUAAAAGCAUUCCAAGUAUGUAUUAAAACCGCGUGUUCCGGUUGCUUGCCAAGUUGGUCGUAUAUUAGAUAGUAGAAAAUGAUGCAAAGACCAGCAGAAUAUUAAUAAUAUAUACAAACCGCUUUCCUAAGUACAUACAAGGUGUCUUACAAAAAGCUUGUAGAAGAAUAACGUUUAGAUCGUCGCGCACUAUUCCUUUUUUCGUUCACGAGGUAUGUACUAUUUUGUUUAAAGGAGAGUACAUUUGGUUUACUCAUAGACAAGAACCUAUUUUCAAUAUCUAUAAUUAGUAAUGCAAACAUGAUAAGAAUAUUUUAUGAAAAAUUUUUAAAAAUUAUUUUUUUUCGUGAUUAGACAUGAUAUAGAUCAGAAGUAAUUAUGUAAAAUUUAUCUUAAAAAAAUGCAAUCGUAUUGAAGUAACAUGAUUAUAAAUAUCUAUUUACAUAUCAGAUAAUCUGAUACACAAAUAAUUAUACGAUAUUUUACUACCAAUGGAAAUUAUCGAUUCACUUGAAUCCACAUAAAUUGUUCAUAACAUUGAUGCACGUACAAGCAAAUAAAUUUCAGAAGAUUAAAAUCCUCACGUAUAAAAUAUCGAGGUCAAAUAGGUAAUUUAUUUUACGAAUAACUCGUACAAUCAGAUGAAUUAUAUAAAUCCGAGCUAUCAUAUUGUACUUUAACUAGACAAUGAAGAUUUUAUGAGAAAACCCCAAGUUACUCUCCGCUAUUUUAGACUGUCGAAUGGGACCGAUUCUGUAUAUUAUUGUGAUGAUAUGCACCAUAAUGAAACAGCGUACUUUAUUGGCAGUACAGUGUAUUGUCAUUUUCAUUUCCAAAUUCUGUCACCUCUGUGUCAACCUCGAAAUCGUUGUCGUGUGAUGCCAAUGUAAUCAUUGUUAUUGGAGUUGAAAAUGAACAUACAUAGGAUUGAAUUGUACAGAACGCUUCGAAAUGUACAUAGUUUUGUAUAUAUAUAUUUGGAAAUUUGUUAACGUGUUCGAUAAACAGUACAUCAUCAAGUCUCGGAAAACAUCUAUUCGGAGUUUUUCGCGUUAACUUUAUAUAAAUAUUUAGCAUCUAGAGUUUCUGUAAUAUUGUUGUUAUACUUAAAUUAUGAUUUGUCAGGUUUGGAGAUUUGCAUAACAGAAUACAAUUAAAUUUCAUUCGGUUGCACGGUUCUCAAAGAAAACGAAAAAUUCUAUAUAUUUUUAUAGCAGCUAAAUGUAAAGUCAUAUGUCCCAUAUACCCGUAGAACUUCAGACUAUUUAAGUCAAAUGUUGGAAAUAUUUGGACUUUUCUUCAAUAUAAAGUUGUGCAAAUUUCUGAUUGAAUUAAUCCUAUGUACAUCGAAAAUAUGCUGGAUAAUUAGAUAAUUAGAUUUUAUCAUGUUCAUCGAAUUUAUAAAUAAUUUCUUAAGUAUAGUAGUGCCUUUAUUUUAAUUAUUAAAGUAUAUAGAUUGGAUGAUUGCCCGAGUGUGUCAUUUAUGUGUGACAACUUGCCAUCUGCAUUCACUCAAUGCAAUAUGUAAACAACAUAGAUAUAUGCCUAAUUUUCCUCAUUUUUCUGCAAAAAUAACGUUUUAUCAGAUUAAAAACCCAGUAUUUAUAUUACGCAGUUUGUACUGUUGCAAAUGUAUAUUAUACUUUUUCCAAGAGUGUAUCGAAAGCAGGAUACAAAUGGGUUUUUCUAACUCUUAUAUCGUACUAUCAUAUUUUUUAUAUAGUUCAUUAAUAUAAUAUUAUAUUAUGUAAUAAAAUGCACAUGUAUUUUCAAA